CCGCGUCCUAGUUUUUCACUUUUAAACAAACACUGUAAUCUCAAUUCAGUGUACAUUGGUUUUCGGUUUAAUAUGAACAUACCUUGGAAUAAUGUAGUUUAAAUAUAGGAUGGCCACAAUAUUAAACAUCUGUAGAGCUGCCACAGUGGCAACUUUGACAACACUGUGGCGUUUUGUGAUUUUGCUUGUGGGAGAUUAUGUGUUCUUUCCAAUUGUAAGAUGCAUACCAAGAGCCUACGUUCCGAAAGCUGUACCUAGAUAUGUUUAUAAGGAGAAGGUAUCGCAUAAUAUGUUUCGAAGGGCAUUUCAGUAUUUCGAAUUUACGUGGAAAGAGAUGUAUCAAAAAGCCAUAUGUCCUGUCACAGUAGGGGCUCUAGCGCCGAAUGUCAACGUUCUUUCCAUGGAAAAAACAUCUCUAAAGUUGCUUGAUUUUCAAAAGCCGGAUCGAAUGCUUGUCAUUAACUUUGGAAGUUGUACCUGACCCCCAUUCAUGGCGAAAUUGAAACAGUUUAAUCGACUUGUGACCGAUUUUGCCGAUGAUGUAGACUUUGUUACAGUGUAUGUACAAGAAGCACACGCCACAGACGGAUGGGUGAUAACCGGUAACGACUAUAGCAUAGCUAAUCACCGUACUGUCGAAGAGCGUCUGGACGCUGCUAAAACACUUCUUGCAAACGGACUGAAGUGUCCACUGGUCAUUGAUAAUAUAAACGACGACGCUUCAAGAGAAUAUGCAGCAAUACCAGAAUCUUUGUAUAUACUAAAGGAUGGGAUAGUGCGUUUUCAAGGACUUGGGCCCUUUGCUUAUGAUCCAAAAGUUGCACGUGAAUGGAUCGCUUCAAACAUUAGUAAGAAAAACUGAUAAACAUUAAUAAGGAAAAUAACAUUUGUGAUUAAUUGUGAAAAAGUGUGAUUUCAAUGAAGUCAUUUAGUGUAGUUUUGCAUAGAAUAUUUUACAUCUUAUCGACCGCUGAAGAAUAUAUACAUGUGUGUAUAUAUGACUUAUAUUUCAUAUAAGUUUUUUAGGUUUAACAUACACUCAAUGCGAGAUUUAAUGCCGACUUUUGUUUUGAAAAAAGAGAGUAUCAUUUCUCAUAUGCUAUGCCAAUUGCUGAAUUUAGAUAUAACUAUUUUUAAUUCAUGGACUGUUAAGAGGUAUUGAAUCGUAGAGUCUAAAACGGAGUCUUUUAAGACCAUUGUACUUACUUCUGAAUAAAUGGUCCCAAAGGGUCGAUUUUAGACUCUAUGAAUCAAUACCCAUUAACCAUUCUUCUUGUUUUGCACCAUUUACCAAAACAAUAAAAAAUAAUCAUGACCAUAUUAAACAGAAAUUCUGCAGUUAUAAAACUGAAUUUGCGAGGAGCUCUUAAAAGUCAACCAUAAUUAUGCCGGCUUUUUUCUGAGGGUAAAAUUAUGUACUUUACCAAUGCCAAGGUUAUGUUAACCUUAAAAACCUUUACCUUAAAUACGUUUAUCUUAAAGUGCUGACUGUGUUUAUCUCAAAACAAUGAUUACGUUUACCUUUAACACGCUUACCUUAAUUUUAUGCCUACCUUUCACACUUUUACAUUAAAAAAUUGAUUACGUUUACCUUAAUUACGUUUACUUUAAAACACUGAUUACAUUUACCUAAGUUUAUUGCUUACGUUUAAUAGUACUACAUAAGUGAUAAAACUUGACUUACUUGCUCAAAGAAAAUGACUGGUAUAACCUAAAGAACUGGCUGUAUCAUGAUGGUGGAAAUUAAGUCAAAGAUUUUCAUUUAAACAUACAGAAUUGUGACAUUGAUAUGCAGUUAAUUUUGAGCCGCACCAUGAGAAAACCAACAGAGUGCGUUUGCGACCAGCAUGGACCCAGACCAGCCUGCGCAUCAGCGCAGUCUGGUCAGGAUUCAUGCUGCUCACUUUCAAAGCCUAUUGGAAUUAGAGUAACUGAUAGCGAACAGCAUGGAUUCGACAAGACUGCGCGGAUAGAGAUAAUUAACUUGUUAACACAAACCAGGCUGCGGUUUACUUUUGCCCUUGCAUGCUUCCGCUACGAAAGAAAAACUGUUAAAGCUUCCCGAGAUAUGUAUGGUUGGCUUUCAUAACGUCUGGAGGUUUAUAAAAUACCUUUUUUAUUUUGCUCUCUUUUAAGUUCACAACUUGAAAAUGUAUGUUAUGUUUUUUUCCUUUUCGU